CACCUUGCCUCAGCGAGCCGAUUGUCCAUCCCGCGGGGGCUGUGAGGCGCUAUGGGCGCUCCUCUGAGCCUGUAUCACUGCUGAGCCUUGCAGUGACGCCCGCUUUUUACGCUUGCUUAUCGUUGCAUGUCACAUAUUUUUAAGAAUGUCGCGCACCAGGUAGCCUUUUUCGACCUCUUGUCGCACAUGAUGCUGCUACGCGCUGUGAAUGCACGCUGCUAGGUGUGAGCGCUAGCGCAGCCGCAGAGGAAAGGCCGUGUCAGUCAUUGGGACUCAAUAAAUCAAAUCAAAUUCAGGCGGUUGAAGACUCAUUAUUGAGUCUUCAACGUGUUUCCCCCAUGUGGAGGAAUGUUUGAGUGAGUGAGUGAGUGAGUGAGAGAGAGAGAGAGAGAGAGAGAGAGAGAGAGAAUGGGAGAGUCAGUAAAGUGAGUCAGUGAGUGAGCCACUUCCAUGGCUCAAAUAUUAACAACGGAUUUCCUUAUACUGAUGCUGCUGCUUUGGGAGAAGCCCAAAUUCGGGAGGAAGCAGUCGGGCUCAGUUGUCUGGGGACAGGCACCCUGCUGCUGCUGUGUUUAGGACUAGGAAUCUCUGCCUGCGGAGCCGUCCGAUGGAGGAGGAGAUGACAGAGCAGGAGCCUCUGGGUUGGACAGAGGAGCCUGUACCUGAGGUAGGAGGAGAAGGAGAGGGAGAGUUACCAGGCUUAGGAACCCCUACACUAAGAGACCUGAUGGAGAGCCCGGUGAAGGAGCCUGUUGCACUGCAUCUGUACCCCAACACAGAGUAUCAGUAUGGGGACAAGAUGCCGUUCCACCAUGUGACGGCAGGACUGCUGUACAAGGGGAACUACCUGAGUCACUCUCUGUCUGAGGACAAUGACAGUGACCAGCUGGCCAGCAUCUCUGUGGAGGAGCUAGAUGAGAUCCGGGAGGCAUUCAGAGUGCUGGACCGGGAUGGGAACGGGUUCAUCUCCAAGCAGGAGCUGGGUAUGGCCAUGAGGUCCCUGGGAUACAUGCCCAGUGAGGUGGAGCUGGCCAUCAUCAUGCAGAGACUAGACAUGGAUGGAGACGGGCAGGUGGACUUCGAUGAGUUCAUGACGAUCCUAGGACCCAAGCUCCUGUCGUCUGAAACCAGGGAGGGCUUCCUUGGGAGCACGAUAGACAGCAUAUUCUGGCAGUUUGACAUGCAGCGUAUCACCCUUGAGGAGCUGAAACACAUCCUGUUCCACGCCUUCAGAGACCACCUGACCAUGAAGGACAUCGAGAACAUCAUCAUCAACGAGGAGGAGAGCCUCAACGAGAACUCGGGACACUGUCAGGCAGACUUUGAAGGAAGUGAGUUGAGUAGAUUCUGUAGCCUGUGGAGAGAGAUGGAGGGUGGACGAGAGAGAGAGAUGGAGGGUGGAUGUGUGGGAGAGAGAGAGUCUGCUAGCUGUCAUCGGUGUGGCAGAGAGUGCUGCACGCCCCUCCACCCGUCAGGAUGGAUCUGACUCCACCUAUCAGGAUCCAUAACCGUCAGACUCCACCUGCUGAUUUAUUGAUUGAAGGUGUUCAUGGUGUAGGAAGUCAUUUGGUCACCUGGGCUAUGAUGAAAAAAGGUGUCAUCAGGGAGUUAUGAAUACCAUAGCAGUGGGGAAGGGUGAUUAGGUUGAUAUGAAUCUUUAUUUUUUGUUUGUUAUUGGGUCGUUCCACGAAAAGAAUGCCUUUUGCGUCUCUUUGAUAUUUUAAGUACAAAUAUUGCACCAAUAUAGAAUUUUAAAAGCCUGCUAUAUUAAUUGAAGUGCCUUUUAAUAUAGACCACAUGGAGAAUUCAAUAAAUCCUAUUUUCUUAUCUGAAUAAAGGCUUCCUAAUGUGCCAAAAUGCACCAUUUUGACAUGUCCCUCCAUCAGCCCUGUGUCACUUCUAGAAAGAUUUCAAACCACUUGAUCCAAAAAUGUCUCCAAGUUUCACCAUCAUCGUAAAAAUCGAGUUAUUUUUUGGCAUAGGCAUUUUUAAAGACGUUUUAUUUAUUUAAUGUGAUUAGUGAUUCAUUUACAUCUGUCCUUUAUUUUAAGAUCAACCCUGUUAAGUGAAUUACACUCAUUUUAAUAUGUUGAAACUAUUUAUUUUAAAAUGUUUUUUCAAAAGAAACAUUGAACAUCUAAUAGUCAAAUCAUAGUUUAAAAGCAAGUGGUUCUAGUGGUUCUACUCUUUUUGGCCUUUUUCUGGUUUUGUGGUGGAAAACUGAGUGGGUUGAGUAUAACACGUCAACCCUGUUACCCCAUAGAUAGACAGGAUAGAAAUGUUUUAGCAAUUAAAUUGUUUUGGUGCAGCUUGCACUCAAUUAACACUCACUGUUGCACACAAUAAGCUUCCAUUCCUUCAUUCACAAAGGGAUGUAUGGCUGAUUUAAGAUGACAUCGUCAACCUGUUACGGUCAACCCUGUUACUUUAUUUGGAAUUCAAUAGGCACUUCCUAAAGUCUAUUUUAAAAGUAUCCACUUGAGAUGGAAAACAUGUUUUUAUGAAGUUGAACAUGUGCUGUUUUUGACAGAAUGUUAAAAUUAGGUGGAAUCAACAUAUUUUUUUGACCAAGUUACACUUCUCUAAAGGCACUGAAUUAUUGGAAUGACCCUAUUAUGUCUGUAGUGAAGAUGAUACAACCAUUGAAUGUCGGGAGCAGGAGACCAGUGUUCAGGUGAAUCAUUACAAAACAUAAAAUGUAGCAUUUCCCCUGAGAUCUGAGUCCAACUAGAACCUCCUUCCCCAGUAAGCUGUUGGUUCUGUAGCCUUUCAGGUUAGAGCUAAAAUAGACACUCAGAGGUCAUUCCCUUAUUAAUCUCUCUCUGUUGCAGUCUGAGACACACUGCUCCUUGUGAAACUGGAAAGGCUGUGCGAUGCAGCAGAGCCGAAAUGGCCUGUAAAUUUACUGCUGUAAGAGUGGCAACAGACAUCAGGGCUGGACAUGGAUUGUAAGGUGCUUUAUCAGAGUAUUAAAACCGGAAGGUGAGACUGAGAGAUUGCAAUGUGUCCUCUGUGCGAAUGGGAUGUUUCAACUGGGUUUGUGACUGGGAGUUACAGUUAGCACCACUAUGGGCUAAAUCACGUAGGGGAAGAGAAUAUCAGGCUCCAAGGUCUAAAUGAACAGUACCCGCUAUUGACGAACACUUGAAUGUGUUCUGACCUAUAGAAAUAAAUACUUGAUGUCACUGUAGGGCACAAUUGAUUGUGUUAUCGAAAAUGCUUCAUGAUACAGGUAUGACAAAUCUAUACAUUUUAGCUCAUUUUGAUUACUAAUUUUAACCAAAAAAAACGGUUAAAGUUGACUUUUGUGUAAGUAAAGUGAUUUGUUCAGUGCUUUCUGACGUCAUAGUUGUAAAUAGCUUGUGAGAGUGAGAGAGUGAAAUGUAAAGGGAGGCGGGGGCAACCUACACACGACUUUGUACCUGCAGGUCAUUGGCCCAGCCCAUCUAAUUACCACAGUUACCACGGCCCUGUAAACCAGCACCGCUGUUUCCAGGUCACUGAUUGGGCAGGGGGAGGGAGAAUUGCUGACUAACCAUUUCAUGCCGGAGGUAGUCUGAACCGGAUAAUGAUAUCAUGGCCUGAAGUUCAAAUCAAAUCAAACUGUAUUUGUCACAUGCACGGAAUACAACAAGUGUAGAACUUACCCUGAAAUG